CCAAUUACUUAAGUUAAUCAAAUGAAAUAAAAUGUGUUAAUAAUAAACAAAACAAAGUUUUUCACAAUGGAAGAAAAUAUCGAUAAUAAUGUCUCAGUUUUAGCUAUGCUGGAUAAUCAAUCAUCCACAUAUAAACAAAAUGUCUUACCUGACUAUAAUCAUUCUAAUGGAAUGAAAUCCGAAGAAACUGAGACUAAUGAAACAGGCAAACAUAACAUUAUUUGGACACGAAAUGCAACAUUACUACUUUUAAAUUUAUAUGAAUCUAAAAUACACAUGAUUGAUAAUCCAAAGAGGAAAUCAAAAAUGUGGAUGUCAAUGGCCGAAGAAUUGAAGGCACUAAAUAUUGAGGUAACACCAGAUCAAGUUCGAUGGAAAAUUAAUGCUCUUACCAAAAAGUACAAAGAUUGCAUUGAGAAUGGACAAGGCAAUUUGACAUUUAAAUAUUUUAAUGAAAUGCAUCAAAUAUUAGGGCAAUAUAAUGAUGAUAAUGAAACAUACAGACUGGCUUCUGGUGUUACACAAUGUGACAGAAGGCAAAGUAACAAAAAUACAAUUUUAUCAUGUUCACCAUACCACAAAAUGAGGACAGAAAGAAAAGCUAAAGUUGAAUUAGAUAAACAAUGGUUAGAUUAUUUAAAACGACAAGAGGAGCAAAAAGAAUUAAGAGACCAAAGAUAUGAAAGAAGCUUAAGGCUAAGACAGGAAGAGUUGGAAUUAAGGAAAAAAGAAUUGGAAAUAAAAGAAAGUUUAGCUUUAAAAAAGUUACAACUAAAAGAGAAAAUGCAAGAAGAAAUACUUAAAAUAGAAAGAGAGAAAUGUGCUUUGUUAAGGACAUUCCUAAACCCACAGUAAUAUUUAAUUUUUCAAAACAAUUCUUGUGUAAUUUGUAC